AUGUUUGUAAAAAAGAAGCAAAGCAAUGUUGUUAAAUCGAAAUACUUAAUACAAUCAAUUUCAACACUGCACGGAACAACUCAACUAUCGAUUUUAUCAGGCAAGAAUGAGAAUAUAUGGAAGGGAAUAUUGAUUUUAAAUUUAAUUUUAACCAUUGCAUUUGUGUUGGUUAUAAGAAACAGAUAUAAUAAUGAUCAAAUUAUAACACGGAUAAGCAACCACUGCAAACUUAACCAAAUACCAUUUCCUGCUAUCAGCAUUUGCAAUCUCAACAUUGUAUCGAAAAGGGCGAGCGAAUCUAUUAUUCGACUCCUAAUAAGCCACAAUAUAACGCAAAAAAACAUAGAAAAAUUUCUUCACGAUCUCCCAAUUUUAAAAGACUAUGGAAGAUCGACCAGAAACAUUGAUGAUUUUGAAACUAUUAUGUCAAUUAUGAAGGGUCAUUAUUUUACAGUGGAAUCUCUUAUGGAGGAGGUACAUCAAAAAUGUGAAAGUUUGUUGCUGUAUUGUGCAUUCAACAGAAAAGUUAAAAACUGUGGUGACAUUUUUGAACGAAUAAAAACAUACGAAGGCCACUGCUGCGCUUUUAACUAUGCUGCCCUUAAUGAUGAUAGCGAUAUUUCAAAAUUUUCAAAAGAUGAAGAUAUAGAAUACUAUGAAGACCCAAGCGGCGAAGACGUGCAACCAAACGAACGUAUUAUAGUAACAUCUGAAUCGGGCAGAGGAUCUGGUCUUAGCGUAGUAUUUAAUGUAGAACCUGAAGAUUAUCCAAUUUGGUCUUCAACGCCUUAUUUUGGUGCAAAGAUUUUAAUCAGUGACCCGAACGACUACCCAGAGACAACAGUUCUAUAUAAAUUAAUAAGCUUAAGGGAGUCGAUAGAUAUAAAAGUAGAGCCAAUGGUAUUUCAAAGCGAAAAUGACAUACGACAUGUUGCUCCAGAGAAACGGGCUUGUUGGUUCCACGAUGAGGUGUUUCUCGAGCAUACCGACAGAUAUAGUUACGAAACCUGUAAAACAGAAUGCAAAAUGCACAGAUUUCUAGAGAACUGCGGGUGCAUACCGUAUAAGUAUCCGAGAGAAAAAUCAACACCCAUUUGUGAAUUUAAAAAUUUACAAUGUUUAAAGAAUAUGACUGCCUACAGAUUUAAAGGACAAAAGCCAUGUAUUCCCGUAUGUUACAUGGAGUGCCGAGACAAAAAAUAUAGUAUCACCAGUGAUCUCACGCCGUUUGUGCCAGAACUUUUCUCACCGAAUAUUACCAAUGGCCGCAAUAUCAGUGAAUUAUCUGCCUUACAAGUUUAUUACGCAAAAUCAUCUUGCAAUAGUUACAAGCUGAUGCUAUUAAUGGACUUCAACCAUUUUAUUGCAACGUAUGGAGGUAUAUUUACGUUAAGUUUCGGUGCAUCGAUAUUGACAUUGUGCGAAUUGGUAUAUUUAUUUGUAUCGUUCUUAUUAAGCCUAUCUCAGCGAAAAAUGCGAUAA